AUGUCGAAACAUUUCAGACUAUGGCCGAGACCCUUUAUUGAAGAACAUAUCGACGUCGUGGAUAUUGAGCCAAAAGGUUCUGCGAUACCAUGGGGCUCAUCAUCCCUCUUCAUACUGUCAUUGAUGGGGUUUGUGACCCAGCUUGUCGUGGCCUUCAAUGUACCAUGGUCAUUUGUCGCCAUUGCGCUUUGGGUUACCGCAGGUCUCCAUAUUGCAGCAUGGCGCCCCAGAACCGGGUCAAUAUUCCUCUUUGUCGACUUUGUGGCUAUUUUAGCCACGGGGUCGAGCUUAGUCGCCACUCAAUUCUACAAGAAUCCGAAUAGCAGGGACGCGGUGCUUAUGUGCUGCAACGUGGGACUCGCCGCCAUUGCCACUGUUGUCGUCGUCAACAUGCCACUGCGUGACCCUGCCUUGAGCUCCGCCGAGAUUGGUCGUCCUUCCAACACACCAUCCUGUGCAUUUCGGUCACCUGAAGACAACCUGACGCUUCUACAAUGGAUGACAGUGUCCUGGUUGUCCCCUUUGAUAAAGAUCGGGAACAAAAAGCAACUCCAUGACGAAGAUGUCUGGGGCCUCGCCUAUGAAUUCCAGCACCGACAUUUGCACGACGCUUUCCGCGAGCUCAAGGGCACUGUCGUCACACGAUUGUUGAAAGCAAACUGGAUCGACCUUGUGCUCCUCACAAUCCUCGCAAUCGUUGAAUUGGCUGCCAACUACUCCGCUCCCAUGAUCCUCCAAAAGCUUCUGCAGGCCAUGGAGACGAUAGCUGUUGAUAAACGACUGGCCAUCAUGUACGCGAUGCUCAUGCUUGUGGCCAGAGCCGUGGCCGCUCAGAGUGGGGUGUUUAGCCUCUGGUUUGGAAGACGCUGUUAUGAACGAUCUCGUGGCGAGAUGAUCACCAUGUUAUACGAGAAGACGUUGAAUCGGAAAAUACUUGGUGGUUUGCCGCAGCAGGCUGAUAUUGAGGCGGAGUCGACCGUGGAAGUCGCCCCUGGUGCUUCCGACACCACAGAGGCUGGUCCAUUACCGGCACCUGCAGGGGUCGUUAGCGGGCAAAACGAGCCAGCAAAACCCUUCAUUACCCGCUUGCGGGAGACAUUCCAAAAAUGUCAAUCCUUAUUCUUCAACAGAAGACAUGCUGUCAGCGAGGCGAAACCGCCGGCAUCGAUGGGCAAGAUCCUCAACUUGAUGCGAAACGACGUGUACGAAGUCGCACAACGUUUCUGGGAAUUUCAAACUCUGAUAAACAAGCCGCUCGGUCUCCUGCUUUCCAUCUUUCUCAUAUGGCAGCUGCUCGGAUGGUCAUGCUUUGUUGGUGUGGCAGUGGUCCUCGUAGCACAGAUCUUCAACUAUGUCCUCGCGCGCAUCCUCAUCAGCUGGGAGAAGGAACGACGCAAAAUCACCGAUAUGAAAUUGCAAAAAAUCAGUCAGUAUGUAGAGGCCAUACGGCACCUGCGAUGGUACGGCUGGCACCUGACGUGGCUUGAAGGUGUCAUGACGGCCCGGCAGAAAGAGCUCAACCUGAGAAUCGUCACCUUCUUACUGAACUCAGCCAUCAGAUUUCUCAACUCAUUCGUUAGCGGCUUGCUCCCAGUGGCCACGUUUUAUGCCUAUACAGUCGCGGCAGGAAAAGAGCUGCGUGUUGACAUUGCCUUCCCGGCAUUGCAGCUUUUCGCACUUCUGCAGAGCAACAUUCGAGAGCUACCCACGUUAAUCACAGUCCUGCUGAAUGCUUCGGUGGCGGUAGGACGGAUCUCGGAAUUCAUAGCCGAGCCCGAUAAGAUUGACGAAACAGACGAUCGAGAGUACACAGACGACCGGUUAGAGCUGCAUAAUGCCUCCUUUUCAUGGCCUGGUCUCCCGGGGACAGUUCUCAAUGAUCUUAAUGUCUCAUUCACCCGCGGGUUGACGGUUGUAUUUGGACCUGUGGCAGCAGGCAAAACUGCAUUGCUACAGGCUCUUCUGGGCGAGCUUGAUCUGCGUCAAGGGAAACUGAUGAAACCACACGCAGCCAUCGGUUAUUGUGCACAAACACCGUGGCUGCAAAGCAUGAGCAUCCGCGAAAACAUUCUUUUCAAUUCUCAGUACGACGAUACCCGGUACAAGAGGACCUUAGAAGCAUGCGCGCUUCUUCCAGACCUAGCCAAUUUCAAAUACGGAGAUCUGUCCAAUAUUGGCGAGAAUGGCAUUGGUUUAUCCGGUGGCCAAAAGGCUAGAGUCGCCCUAGCUAGAGCAGUGUACAGUCGAGCGCAAAUUCUAUUGCUCGAUGACCCUCUGAGCGCCCUGGACCACCAAACAGCCGAGUGGAUUGUGAAGAAAUGUUUAUGCGGCAGCUUGAUGGAGGGUCGCAUCGUCGUGCUUGUAACUCAUCGGACCGAUCUUUGUCAACACGUGGCGUCACAACUGAUCGAGAUCAUCGAUGGAACAGCCUCGCUGCAUCGAAACGAUGAGAUAUUAUCUAGAGUCACAUCGGCAACAGCAUCGGAGACAGACCCGGUUGAAGCUGACAGCAAUUCUCACACUAUCGAUGAAUCUGCUGCGAUACCAGAAAAAUUCGUGGAAGACGAAUACCGAGCCCAUGGUGGAGUGCAGAUGCGAGUCUAUUGGGAAUAUAUCAAAGCCGGGACACUGAGAUGGUGGUUUAUGGUGGUCCUGACAGCCAUUCUUUGUCGCAUCACAUAUGUGAGUGAGAGCUGGUUCCUGAAAGAAUGGGGGGAAGCAUACAACAAAACCAAAGUCCGGUUUCUGGCGCUGGACAGAUCCGAGUUCGAAGUGCAUCUUCUCGAGAGUCCAGUCUCGGGCCUAUUCGACAGGUUUCCGGAUCCAGGGGUGAAUGUCCAACCAUGGCUUCUCGGCUUCCUCAUCAUCGUGGUCUGCGAGACCCUGGCACUUAUGCUUUCCCAAAUGUCCAUGUUGGUCGUUACAUACUCUGCUGCGCGUCAAAUGUUCAAGGUCGUCAUGCAUCGUAUAAGCAACGCCAGCUUCCAGUUUUACGAUGUGACACCAGUUGGGAGAUUGAUGAAUCGACUGACAUCUGACAUGGGAACCGUCGAUGGCAACAUCGCUGAGUUGUUUCUCGUCGUUAUAUGGUAUGCUGUCGCUUGGAUCACGUCUAUGGUCGUCAUUGCCAGCAUUACUCCGAUCUUUCUGGCAUUCGCCAUUUCGCUGACGCUGGCUUUUGUGCUGAUCUUCCUGCAAUUUCUCCCAACAUCACAAAGCUUGAGAAGGCUUGAGAUGGUCUCUCUGACACCCUUGAUGUCGAAUUUUGGUGCAUUGCUAAAUGGGUUGAUGACUGUCAGGGCUUUCUGUGCACAGUCACAGUUUCAGGAAAGAAAUAUUCAGGUCACAGACGCAUUUCAGAAGAUGGACCAUUUCUAUUGGAGUCUGCAGGCUUGGCUGAUGUACCGAUUCGACAUGCUGUCAGCUGUGUCUACAUUCCUGUUGACGAUGCUUGCGAUUUUCUCCAGCCUAUCAGCUGGCUUGACUGCCUUUGUCUUGAUCUCGGCGAACAAGUUUGUCCAGUCCACUCAUGCCAUUUGCAAAUCAUACGGCCAGCUCCAACUCAAUUUCGUGUCCGUUGAAAGAGUGGUCGAGCUGGUGCAUAUCGAACAGGAACCCCCAACUUCAGUUCAGCCACCAGCUGCCUGGCCCACGUAUGGAAGCGAUGUCGUCUUUGAGAAUGCCACCAUUCGAUAUCAGCCUCAUCUGGAACCGGCACUGACGAAUGUUUCGCUUCGGUUCGAGGGAGGAUCGACUAAUGCUAUCACAGGCAGAACAGGGUCUGGUAAGUCAACACUGGCAAUGGCAUUGCUAGCGACCAUUACUCCCGAGAAUGGUCGCAUCUUAAUUGACGGCAUCGACAUCGCCAAGGUGGAUAAACAGGCUCUGAGAAGCAGAAUAACCUUUCUGGCACAAGAACCUAUCCUGUUCCCGGGGUCCUUGCGUCACAAUCUUGAUCCAAUGGAGGAGCACUCCGAUUUCGCCUGCGAAUCCGUGCUAUCGAGGGUCUGCGGGAAGUAUGGAUGGACGCUCGAGACUCAGAUCGAUGCUGGAGGGAAGAAUUUAAGUCAAGGGCAGCGACAACUGGUCGGUCUUGCGCGAGCAAUACUGCGGAGGAGCGCCAUCGUCAUCAUGGACGAGGCCACGGCAAGCAUCGAUUUAGACACGUCUACCGAAAUCCAGCGUGUACUGAGGGAGGAGUUGCGGGAAAGCACAAUCAUCACCAUCGCUCAUCGGACGGCGGCUGUGGAAAAUGCUGACUUUUGCGUUGUACUUUCCGCUGGUCGUGUGCUUUACCAAGGUCCCACUGACGGAGCUGGACUUUAG